AUGACUCCAGACUACGACUAUCUGGUCAGUACCACCAAACAACUCCUGCUCAUUGGCGACUCCGGAGUGGGCAAAUCUUGUUUACUCCUGAGAUUUGCGGAUGACACCUACACCGACAGCUACAUCUCCACCAUCGGCGUGGACUUCAAAAUCCGAACGAUCGAGCUAGAAGGAAAGACGGUCAAGUUACAAAUCUGGGAUACGGCAGGCCAAGAACGAUUCCGGACGAUCACCUCGUCCUACUACCGCGGCGCACACGGGAUCAUCGUCGUCUACGACGUCACCGACCAGGACACGUUCACCAACGUCAAGCAAUGGCUCCACGAGAUCGACCGGUAUGCCUGCGAAGGCGUCAACAAACUCCUUGUCGGUAACAAGAGCGACUUGACUCAGAAGAAGGUGGUCGAGUAUACGGUGGCCAAGGACUUUGCCGACCAGCUCACCAUCCCUUUCCUCGAGACCUCGGCCAAGAGUGCAACAAAUGUCGAACAGGCCUUCUUGACGAUGGCCAAACAGAUCAAGGACCGUACCGGCUCGACCACCGUCAACACCGGCUCAAACAAGGCCACUCUCAAAGUGGGCGCCGGGCAGAACGUCCAGCAACAACAGUCCAGCGGCUGCUGUUAA